ACACAGACUGGAGGAGGUGGGAUUUUUCGCCCCUAGAGCGAGGCAUUGCAUACAUACGUGGACUCUGACCUUUCUCGCGAGGAUGUCCUUUCUAGUACCAGUGUAACAAAGGAAUCAUAAAAUUUGAUAAACUGAAGACAGUUGGAUUAGCAGGAAAGAGAAGAGGCACCCCUGCUGGCCACGAUGAAGGAGACAUCGGAGCCUCUAACCAGUGUCACCAGCAUCAAUAAGCAAGACAGUAAAGUACAGGCUGGAGAGAUAAGACAAGAAAAAUUUGGAGCUAACACUCCAUCCAAACAGCAUUCAUCAGUACACUUCUUCCCAAAGAUAAUGGAUUCAGACUUCACCACGCUCCUCCCGCUGUCCUGCUCGUUUUCCCAAGAAAUACCAACCAGCGCCUGCCAGAUCCCCAGCACCCAGAACAGCUCCAUCUUAUCGUCCAGAGGACAGCUGGCUUCUAAAUCUAUCGUCCUGAGCUGCUCCCACAAAGACAGCGACCUGGAAAAGCAGAGCACAAGCGUCGUGACUCCAAGGAGACAGCCCCAGCAGAGCGCGGACGUGGAUACGUGUGUUUUGGGGGAUGGUGAGGAUUAUUUCCUUUCUUUGUUUGGAGAAUCGAAGAAGCUCGCCUAUACUCCCCAAGCUGAGAGCGUGAGCAAACACCUCUCUGUGAUCCUUGAAGAAGUCGGCCAGUUUACAUCCAGUUCUCUCGGAGAGAUUAAAAUAGCUGAGGUAAAUGUCAAGGGCUUCUUUGUGAGGCUUGUUAACUCCUCCAAUGAAAAGGAAGUGGAGAUUGGAAACCACAUUCUCCAACAAAACGUGAAUGGACAUGCAGUCUCCUUGUACCAGUUCCCUGACAACAUCACACUGCAGGCCAACUCUACGGUGACAGUGUGGGCAGCCGCUUCGGAAGCGAAGCCACAACCACCAACCGACUUUGUUUGGGAGGAACAGAGCAGGUUCCGAUCCAGUCCGGACUGCACGACCAUCUUGUGCAAACCCAAUGGCGAGGCCGUUGCCUGGUACACUCCUAUCCACUGGAAACAAGCCUGGGAGAAGUUAGAGACUGACAUUGAAUUCGAAAGAUGCUCAGUGGUGGUUCCAUCAAUGAGCAACCACAUGUUUGGAUGGAUAACAGCAUCAGUGUCUUCCACAAAUGAGAAGAAAGAAGAACCGAUACAGAAAACGCCCUCCCAAGUCUGCCCUGUUCUCUACAGAGAAAAGGAAAUCCCGCCAACUGUCUUACCCAACAAGAGCCCCUGGUGCCGCAAUCCCCAAACCUCUCCACACCCGUACAGUUCUCUCAUUGACUCACGUGACUCGGACAUUUCUGAAAGCAGUUUAGGUACACAGCUCAAGCCUCAGCCAACCAAGCCCAAACCGUCAGACCCAGGGACCAAGAAAAAGAAAGCAAAGUCAUGAGAAAAUGGAAAGCCAUGAAGUCUGUGAACGUGAGUAACUAUUGUGGAGUUGCUUUAUAGCAAAGUAACCCACAAAUCAUUGCAAUAAAUUUUUGAGGGUCUCGCUUUA